AUGUUGCGUGUACCCAUGAAUUAAACAGUAACGUGAACGUUCAAACAAGUUCUACAGGCUGUAAUGGAGUCAGCACUUACGCAUGUAACUCAGGAUACAAACAGGUUGCUGGAAACACACAACUUUCAACCUGCAAGAUUGACAUCCUGUUUAUUAUAGAGGCUUCCUCAUACACCUCUUCUAUAUACUCUGAAUUAGUAUCGGUUAUUGGUGAUUUGGUGAGGACUAUGCAAAUUUCAACCAGUAAUAUACAAGUUGGGGUGAUAUCCUAUGACAAUGCUAUCGACCAGAAUUUCAAGUUUAACGUUUAUACUACAGCGGCAUCGUUGGACACCGCAAUUACGGCAUUAACAAUACCAAGCGCCUCUACAACGGUUAACCUGGCCGAGGCAUUACGUGUUGCAUUUUACGAUUUUUUUAAACUGUCAAAUGGAAACAGAUUUCAAGCAUAUAAAUAUUUCGUUAUUGUUGGUAAAUCAAGCCCUACAAAUGCCGGUUCAGCUAUUGGACUCAAUAUACGACAGGUGGCAAAGAAUCGGGUGUUCGGAAUCGGUAUUUCCCCAACCACGACUUUGGCCAAUGAUCUUAAGUCCGCCGCUGGAAGUACAGCUAAUUAUGUUCAGGCAACCUCCCCAGCAGACCUAGCUACAAAAUUCAACACCGUUCUAACAAAAAUUGCUGUCUGUCCAACAUCUGCUUUUCCUGGUUCUACGUCAGUAGCUUGCAAGCUCGACAUAGUUUUCAUUGUCGAAAAUUACAACCUUCGUUUCACAAAGAGAUUUGUGGCAGAGUUAGUUGAGGAUUUACCGAUUUCUUCAAAUGGCGUCAGGGUAGGUUUCGUGGUAUUUGAUAAUGGAGCAAGAACCGAGUUUGGGCUUACUGCUCAUACGAGUUCCCAGGCCGUCAAAAACGCAAUUGAAGGAAUUUCAGAGACGUCUAGCAGCUAUCAUUAUGUAGAUAAAGGAUUAAUUCAUGCUCGUGACAACGUGUUCACGGCUGCUGGUGGAGAUCGCACAGAUGCAGUUAACUAUUAUGUCUUUAUCGUGGGGCCGUUUUACAGUGAUCCAGUCACAACAGCAAGGAUCGUCAGAAGAAGUGGAGACAAUAUCAUAUUUGGUGUUCAUCUUGGAACCGGUUACGUAUCUACAUAUAAGGAGACUGUCGGUUCUUGUGGUGACCACUCCAAAUAUACAAACUCAGCUACUUAUAACGACUUGAUCAAUAUUAAAAAUACAGUAAAAGGAAAACUCACUACCUGUUAUCAGCCUCCAGUAUACACGCAAGCUUGUAAACUUGACAUAGUCUUCAUCAUCGAUGAUACUAAUGCAGUCACCGCUACACAAUUCACGGAAAUGAAAACUGCUCUUGAAAUUCUUGUUGGUCAAAUGCUGAUCGGGGACAAUGCAAUAAGAGUGGGGAUAGUCACUUUUGGGGAUGGAGCUGCAACUGCUUUUCCACUCAAUCAAUAUUCAACUGCACCUGCCUUGAUCGCUGCCAUAAACGCUCUGACACAAGGAAACUCGGCCUAUAGCAGGAGUACCCGUUAUGUUGAAAAGGCAAUCACGUGGACGUUGUGGAACUUUUUUACCCCAACAAACGGAGACCGCUCUGACGCCCAGAAUUAUUACGUAAUUCUUACAACCGGGGCCUCCUCGGGAUCAAAAGUGACUGGAAUUGGAACUGCGUUGCAAUACAAUUCCAUGAUCGACAUUUUCAUACUAAGUGUUCCUUCCACCAAUAUCGCUGAUUACCAGGGGGCCGUCACUUCCGGUAGAUACAAAGCAGCUGGUUCCUUCGCCACCCAUCAGUGUGACAGCAGUGUAUUGUCUAUGAUAAAACAGUGUCCAACGACAAGUCCAACAGCUGCUUCACCAACCUGCAAAUUGGAUAUAGUGUUCAUCGUAGAAAGAUACAAUCUGAGAUAUAUAAAAAGAUAUGUGAUAGAGCUAUUGAAUGGAAUAUCAGUUUCUUUUAAUGGAGUAAGAGUGGGUUUUGUGAUAUUCGAUUCUACAGCAACAAAAGUUUUCGGACUCACAGAUCACAACACGACUGCGGCUGUUAAAUCGGCCAUUGAAGCGAUUUCUGAGACAAAUAACAACAAUCAUAAUGUAAAUGUAGGUCUUAUGUAUGCCCGGGAUAACGUAUUUACUUCCGCAGGGGGUGAUCGGGCAGACGCCAACAACUAUUACGUCUUCGUUGUGGGGCCAUAUAAUAGCGACACAGACACCGUGGGGAGGGUCAUUAGGAGCGAUGUAAACAAUUUUAUUUUUGCCACCCAUAUCGGAUCGACUUAUGAAACUGAAUAUAAAGAAACUGUAGGUGGCUGCAGUGAUUACACCAAAUACACAAGCGUUGAUACCUAUGAGAAUCUGCUUACAGUUCGACAACAAGUUUUAGGAAACAUCACUUCCUGUCAGUCAGUUACCGCAAAAUCACAAGCCUGUAAGCUCGACAUAGCAUUCCUAAUUGACGACACGGACUCAGUUACCGCUGCUAAAUUCCAGGAAAUGAAAGUCUUCCUCGAACUUCUUGUUAUGAAAAUGCUUGUUAGUAGCAGCGCUAUAAAUAUAGGAGUUGUAACUUUUGGCGACGGUGCUACUACUGCUUUUCCGCUCAACCAGUACUCAACCACAGGUGAAGUCAUAACGGCUAUAAGUAAUCUUUCCCCAGGAAACGCAGCCUAUACUAGGAGUCAGCGGUCUGUGGACAAAGCCAUCACAUAUACACUGUGGAACUUCUUCACGGAGAGUAAUGGGGACCGCUCUGACGCCCAGAAUUAUUACGUUGUCUUAACAACAGGAGGUUCCUAUGGAUCGAAGGUUACAGAAAUUGGAACAGCACUGCAGUACAAUUCAAUGAUGGAUCUUUUCGUGAUUGGUGCAAAUGUUCCUACGGCGGAUGACGCGGACUAUCAGGGAGCCGUUGAUGCAGGGAGAUACAUGAAGGCUGCCGACUUCACCGUCCAUCAGUGUGACAACGCUGUGUUCACCACCGUCACCCAAUGUCCACCGGCGGCACCGGCACCUGUUACCGUCGACUGCAAACUGGAUAUGGUGUUUAUUGUUGAAAAUUACAAUCUACGUUAUACAAAAAGAUUUGUGAUUGAACUGAUCAGGCAGAUCCCGGUGUCCUCGAAUGGAGUAAGGGUAGGUUUUGUUCUGUAUGACUCGGGGGCUUCGACAGUGUUUGGACUUACACAACACACGACCUCGGCCGCCGUGAUAGCUGCUAUUGAAGCGAUAUCUGAGGCAGGUAAUAGCGCCUACCAUUACGUAUAUAAAGGCUUAACGCAUGCCCGGGACAACGUCUUCACAGCUGCUGGGGGUGAUCGUGCGGAUGCUAACAACUAUUACAUUUUCAUUGUUGGGCCAUUUUACAGUGAAACUGCCGCUAUUGCAAGGGACGUCAGAAGCAGCGGAAACAACUAUAUAUUUGCUGUUCAUGUGGGAGAUUCUUAUCAUACAGAAUAUCAGGAAUCAGUGGAUUCGUGUGGUGAUUACACCAAGUAUACGAAUGUUGAUUCUUAUGAAAAUCUGCUAACAGUAAGAGAAAGAGUCAUUGGAAACAUCACGUCUUGUCGCGCAAUAACAAAUCAAUUAAGAGAGCAGUCCUGCAUAUGUGCCAAUGUUCCUACGGCGAAUGACGCGGACUAUCAGGGAGCCGUUGACACAGGGAGAUACAUGAAGGCUGCCGACUUCAUCGUCCAUCAGUGUGACAACACAGUAUUCACCACCGUCACUCAAUGUCCACUGGCGGCACCGGCACCUGUUACCGUCGACUGCAAACUGGAUAUGGUGUUUAUUGUUGAAAAUUACAAUCUACAUUAUACAAAAAGAUUUGUGAUUGAACUGAUCAGGCAGAUCCCGGUGUCCUCGAAUGGAGUAAGGGUUGGUUUUGUUCUAUAUGAUUCUGGGGCUUCGACAGUGUUUGGACUUACACAACACACAACCUCGGCUGCCGUGAUAGCUGCCAUUGAAGCGAUAUCCGAGGCAGGUAAUAGCGCCUUCCAUUAUGUAUAUAAAGGCUUAACGCAUGCCCGAGACAAUGUCUUCACAGCUGCAGGGGGUGAUCGUGCAGAUGCCAACAACUAUUACAUUUUCAUUGUUGGGCCAUUUUACAGUGAAACUGCAGCUAUUGCAAGGGACAUCAGAAGAAGCGGGAACAACUAUAUAUUUGCUGUCCACUACACCAAGUACACAAAUGUUGAUUCGUAUGAAAAUCUACUUGCAGUAAGAGAGAGAGUUAUUGGAAACAUCACGUCUUGUCGAGCAAUAACAGAAUUAACUCAAGAUUGUAAAAUCGACAUGGCUUUCAUAAUUGACGAUACAGACGCAGUCACUGCCUCUAAGUUCCAGGAAAUGAAAACCUUUUUAGUCAGCCUUGUCACCAAAAUGGUUAUUGGCGAUAAUGCGAUAAAAGUAGGGGUUGUGACGUAUGGUGACGGAGCAGACAUUGCUUUUACGCUGAAACAAUAUUCUACAGUAGAUCAACUGAUAACAGCUAUAGGAAACAUUGCCCCUGGAAGCACAGCUUACAGCAGAAGUCGUCGCUCUGUUGAUAAAGCCAUUCUUCACACAUUGUGGUAUUUCUUCACUAAGACGAACGGUGACCGUCCGGAUGCUAGAAACUUUUACGUUGUUGUUACCUACGGAGGGUCCUAUCAAUUUAAGGAUGCGACCUAUUGGGAAGCAUUACACUAUAAUUUCCUAAUGGAUCUGUUUAUCCUUGGAGCUGAUGUUCCAGCAAGCUAUGACGCGGACUUUGAGGGAGCAGUUAGUGAAGGAAGAUAUAUAAAAACCGACGACUUUAUAGGACUGUCAUGUAACAGCGAAGUGGUCAUCUCUAAUAUCACUCAUUGUCAUACAGAAGAAGCACCUACAAUUGCUCCACCAAGCUGCAAGCUGGAUAUCGUGUUUAUCAUUGAAAACUACAAAAUGCACUAUACAAAAAGAUUUAUUACGGAGCUGUUGGAGGAGGUACCCGUUUCAUCUGACGGUAUAAGGGUAGGUCUCGUCACGUACGAUUCCACUGCAUCAAAACAAUUUGGACUCAUUUCUUAUUCGACAUCCGAGACCGCGAUAGCUGGAGUAGAAGGAGUGACAGAAAUAACGAAAUCGGAUCAUCUUGUAUACGAAGGAUUAAUCAAGGCCCGGGACGACGUGUUCACUGCCGCUGGGGGUGAUCGAGAAGACGCAAAUAACUACUAUUUCUUCAUAGUUGGACCAUUUGACAGUAAUACAGCCCCUAUUGCAAGAGAUAUACGGAGUAGUGGAAACAAUUAUAUAUAUGCUGUCCACGUUGGUGGAACCUAUCAAACUGAAUAUCAAGAGUGCGUUGACUCAUGUGGAAACUAUACACGGUACACCGACGUUGCUGAAUAUGACGAUCUACUCACCAUUAGACAGCAAAUUGUUGCGAAUAUCACUUCAUGUGAAGAAAUCAAAGAUAUAACACAAGACUGUAAAAUCGACAUCGUUUUCAUUGUUGAUGAUACAGACACUAUCAGCCCAGAAAAAUUCCAGGAAAUGAAAACUUUUCUACUGAGUCUGGUCUCCAAAAUGGUUAUUGGUGAUGAUGCAAUAAGACUUGGGGUCGUAACCUAUGCUGACGAUGGAGACAUUGUUUUUCCACUUAAUCAGUACACCACUUCAGCUGGAUUAAAAUCUGGGAUUAGCAAUCUGGUCCAAGGGAACAGUGCCUAUAAUAGAACUCGCCGUCAUGUGGAAAAGGCCCUCUUAUAUACAAUGUUCAACUUCUUCACCACAGCGAACGGAGAUCGUGCUGACGCCAAAAAUUUUUAUGUUGUGCUAACAUACGGUGGUUCCUAUGGAAUGCAGGCUGCACAAUAUGGUGGAGCAUUGCAAUACAAUUCAAUGGUCGACAUCUUCAUUCUUGCUGCUGACAUUCCCUCCAGCUUUGAUGCGGAUUUUCAAGGUGCAGUGUUGGAGGGAAGAUACAUGAAAUCCAGUAACUUCAUAGACCUCCAGUGUGACAAUGAGGUUGUCAUGUCCAACAUAACCCAGUGUCCGACAGAAAAUGCUACUGAAAUAGAAAUACCAAAUUGCAAACUGGAUAUAUUAUUCAUGCUGGAAGCAUCAAGUUCUUCUGCUGGCUCCAAUUUUGUUUACCUAAAAAGCUUUUUUGCUAACAUAGCCCGUCAACUUAAUGUAGCAUCAGACUCUAUCCGUAUUGGUGCCAUGACAUACGACUAUAAAGGAUACAAGCAGUUUGACCUUGAUACAUACACAACCGCUGAUGAAGUAAGUAAUGCUAUUAUGAGGAUACAAGAAGGUGUAAACCCAAUUAACCUCGUAGACAGAGCACUGGCCUAUGCACGGACUGUUUACUUCACGGAAGACAAUGGCGAUCGCGCUGACGCAGCAAAUUAUUACGUUUUCUCAGUGGACGGAAUUAGAGCUGGUGCAUCCCUACAAGGGGCAGUCAUAACAGCAGAUUGGCCCAACCAGAUAUAUUCUAUCGACAUUAACAGCAGUUUUUCAAAGGAAUAUAAGAAAACUGCUGAUGACAUUAACCGUUACUUCUUCGCCUCCUCCUAUGAAGAUUUACCUUCCAUUGAAGCUGCAGUUGUUGAGGCUCUAAGCAAGUGUCCAACUCCACGAGUUAUCACUACCACUGGGGUAUCUUUGAGAAACAAAGGAGUCACUGCUCCAUGUCUAAACAGCUUAAUUUAUCUUUACCCCGAGGAUCUGACGGCAUACACUGGCGGAUCUAGAGGAAUGAUGUACCUGAUGACAGAUUUUGUAUUCAGAAUAACAUCUUGCUCACGAAUUACGUCGUGGGAGUUUUCCUAUUCGAGGUCUGGAUGGAUAGAUUUCAUGGUGUGGAGACCUUCUGGAAAUAACUAUAAGCUGGUAGCUUUCAACACACUUUAUGUUGAAGGUGUCAAUACGACUACUUACACAGUUGUGGAAUAUGAAAGGAUUGCUGUUCUAGACGGUGACUUAAUUGGGUGGCGCUCUCUGGCAGACAAUGAUGAUGGCAAUAUAAUCACAAACGGAAAUUGUAUAGGACCUUGUGCUGAGGGGUUAAAAGCGUACUCUGCCAAAAAUUUAAUCAGAGGGGACUUGUUCGAUUGGAAAACCCAGGGAACUGUAGUCAAUACCACUGCUUAUGCUAUUAAAGCUUGUCUUGAGGAAAAUACACCAAUGUCUUUUAACAACCAAAAUCAAUCGGCUGAGAUCCCCGACCAUUUAGCAGUUGGUGACUUUGUGAUGGUGUUAGAGGUUGAAGGGGCAGAUUACGCUGAGGAUGUCACCUUCACUGUCAUGGAGCACCCCAAUCCUGCUUUUAAUUACUCCCCUCAAUACUUUGUCGUGGACGGAAUAGGACAAGUAAAGAUCGCAAAAAAGAUGCAGAGAGCUACAGUUCUAAAGGACUAUCUAGUGCGUGUAGCAGCAAGGGAUGCGUGUAAUACCAGUGCCACAGUGACAGUUUCCAUAGAAUCACAAAAUAUGCCUCCAGAAAUGUUGGAUCUUCCCAACUCCAUGGCUGUUGUUGAGCAGACUGGCGGAGAUCAAGUUUUAUACUCUACGAUUGUUGAGGAUCCCUCUGGGGACGAAGUGUGCUGCUUGCUAGAAAGUGUCUCUCCUUCUUCGCUGAACUUCAAUGUUACAGGGAACUCGACGGCAGGUGCUUUCCGCGGUGUCUUUUCCAUUUUAACCAGCGCAAAUCCUGCCUUUUCUUACAAAGACAUAAACUCUUAUAUGGUGAAACUAUGCUGUGACGACAGCGCCGAUAAAACUACAGGAAUAUUGCUUGUUAAUGUCAAGAAACCGGUCAAGGGAUCCGGUUAUACACCUCCAGAUUGGUUUAUAUUGUCCGUCGGAAUAUCCUGUAUUCCAGUUUUUAUUAUGGGAUUUAUGGCUUGCCUUGUGCUCAUUCACUCAAUGUUUGUAAUAGGAUGAGAGGAGCCAUUCCUGAUCGUUGUAUAAUUUAUCAUUUUUUUUUGUUUCCUUAAACAUUUGUUACAAUAAGAAACUGGUCAAACUGUGAAAGUUAUCUCACGUUUUAUUAAUAACAAUUACAUGUAUUUUAAUAUUUUUGCUUGAUUUAUCUGUCUUUCUUGUAAGAACAUCAAUAUUGUUUUCCUUCAUCCAUUCAAUAUAAUAAUUUUGAAUUUAAAACAUUUUUUUCUGUGGUUCAUUCUUUAUUUUGUGCAUUUUAUCAUCUUUCCAAAAGACCAAGUAAGCUUCUGAAAUAUGCCUUUUUAUACUUCGUUUAACUGCUGAUUUUUCAAUAUUUUUGUUAACGCUUAAAAUUAUUAAACAGUAAAGAGAAUAAAAACAUAAUUAUUCGGCGUUUGUGCAAAUUAUCCAAUCGAUUGAUCACAUCAUGAAAUCGAAAAAUAAGACAGUUAUUCCUUAAAUAAAUGCGAUCACAACAACAUCAAGAUAAGAAAUUACUAAGGAAAAAUCCUUAGGUAAUAUAAGUUCCUACUUUAAUAUGUUGCAUCGCAUUGUCUGAUUAAUGAAAAAAGGGAUUUUAAUCCCACUCCAGCAAAUCGGGAAAAACUGUUCUGUUUAUCGCUCAAGUUUCCGAGUUCAUAUCAUUCCACUGAGCACGUGGUUGGCAUGUGUAUAUAUCUUCUGUGGAUAGAUGCGUUUAUUACCAUGAUUAUAUUUAAUUUUCCAUGGAACAAAUCUUGAUAAUUUGUUGAUUCUUUUAAAACUCAAGAAAAAGAUAAAACAAUGUCCUAUACAUAUGUCUUUACGGCGGAUCUCUUUCUGUAGCGAUAGAAGUUAUUUUCAAAUGGGGCUCUGCCAGGAGAAUAGUUAGCUUUUUAAGGACAUACGCAACGUACCUUACCUACAGAUAAUUUUUCAAGAUAUUUUUUAAUUGAAUAUUAUAGUGUCAUCAGAUGUUCAUAGACAAAAAACAGCAUGCAUUAUCAGGGGUUUUUGAAAGAUAUUGAUUGAUGAACAAAUUUGGAUGAUUCAAAGAAAAUGAUAUGAAAAAAUUAAUACUUAACAUAUAUUCUAGAUGUUUCUUUUAUCCAAAAUUGUUAAAGAAGUGUACAACACCAUAUACAGAAGUUAAAAUAUUACAAACAGUUCCUUCAAGAUUUGGAACUCUUCAACUCCACGGAAAAAGACAAAAAAGUUCAAACUACGUUGCGUAUGACCUUAAUUUGAUAAUGUUAAACAAUAUGCGGUGCAUGAAAAACACAUUGUAAUUACAUGUAUUACAUUCGAAAAGUUGGUACAUAUGUCAAUUUUUUCAGCAGAUAGAUAGAAAAAGUCAGUUUUAGGAUUUCCUUCAGGCACCUCACAAAAAUUAGAGAUUGUUUGCGAUGAUCCACACGUUGUAUGGAGUAAUGUUUGGAAAUAAAACACAUCAUGUCUCAUUAUGUUGACAAAGUUGUAAGUUCUCACCCACAUACGAAGUUUGAUAAAAUAUAUUGAGUUGUUUCUUUGAAAUUUAGAAGAGAGCACAAUGUUUGCAAAGAAAGGUCCUUGCCUAUGCACUGUCUAUCUUCAUGAAAAAGAAGAAAAAGUGGAAGGCUACCCCCCCCCCACCCACCCGAAAUCCUUUGUUUGUUUUUCAAAAUACCCCGAUAGUGCCAAAGAUUCAGAAAUUUUGCAUCACUAAGUAUAUGAUGGAACAUGUACUAGCCUUAUAUUGUUAAGACCACUUUUUAAAAUAAAUGUUUGGUUGCCCUCUCUUCCGACCUACUGACUAGAAAUGGUCCGACUCAUUUUUUUUACAUCCCAUUACACGAUACUUUUUCUCAUUUUAUUCCGACAACAAAUAUGUUUAAAUUUUAAAGACAAAAAUGUUUUCACCUAUAAAUAUGUACCCAUAAUUUUUCCCUGAGUUGGGAGGACCACCAAACAUCAUUUUAAAGAUGGUCUAAAAUAUUUAAAUAUGUUGAUUUUUUUUCUUUACUCUGAAAAUUUGUAUUUUUUAUUAUUUUAUUUAUUAAUAUUAUUUAUAUGUUAUAAUUUUUAUUCAGUAAAUCUCCUAACCCACUCUGAAUGAUUUCAUUCCUUUUGAAAUGGUGCUCCGAUGUGAUAAAAA